GAAAACAAAGCUUUUAACAAAAAACAAUAUGUUAAUUUGGGACUUUUUGUAUGGCAAUAUGUUCCUCAGAAGAAUUCACAGAGAUUCUUUAAGGUUGGCUGGUUUCAUCUAUUAAUAUUUUCUUCAGGUUGACAAAGACAGCUCUAAGUGCGCUCAGUGAUAUUUAACCACAUCCUCCUCACUCAGACAUAUAACUAAGGAAUGACGGGUUUAUUUUCACCAGAAGCAUCUAGUUAACAACGCCCGGGUUCAAGUCCCCCAAGAGCCCCACAUCUGAUGUGCUGUACUUUUGGGGCUGGGGACAUUAGCCGAAUGAGCCUUGGGCCCUGUAGUCCCGCGGAUGUUCUCACGUGGCCUCGGCUGCCUGGGCGGUAGGCGGCCUCGAACUCGCGGACGGCAACGCGCCCGCCAAGCCCUCAGGCUGCAAAGGUCAGUGCGGCCCAGACCUCGCCUUCAAGGGCGCCCCGCGCCGGGCUGGCGCUCGGCGAUGGCUCGCGCCCCACCCUACUCAUCCCCUGUCGCUGUCCCAACUCCCGCGGCUUAGCGAGCAGGCGGUGGUGGGCGCAGCCGAAGCCACGGCCCUCAGCUGCAAGCCGAGGGAACCUGACUUCUGCUCGGCCCGGGGCAGACCCAACCAUACGUGGACACGGCGCCGGGCGCGCUAGCCUCCCUGCGUCCUAACCGCCGCUCCCCAGGCACACGCCGCCGUCAAAGGCGGCUCUCCGGCCCUCUCGCGAGAGCGCGCCUGUGGCACCUCCUUCCUUUCGGCUGUUUUCUCUCCCCGCCCCCAGAGCGGCUGCGCGGCUUCCUCCAGAGGGCGGGAACCUUGGACGUGGCGGGGCCGAGUCAGCCUGGGUGCCGGGCCUGGGGCCUGCCGCUCAGCCGCCCGGCAGGCUGGCCGUCCCCGCCGCUGUCAGGCCCCGGCCGGCCCCGCGUCUUCCCAGUCCUCCGCCUCAGCUUGGGGCGGGUCCGGAGAAUGGCUUCGGAGAUGGAGUCGUCGCUCGAGGCGAGCUUCUCGUCCAGCGGUGCGGCGUCUGGCACACCGGGCUUCCUGCCUCCGGCCCGCUCGCGCAUCUUCAAGAUAAUCGUGAUCGGCGACUCCAAUGUGGGCAAGACGUGCCUGACCUACCGCUUCUGCGCUGGCCGCUUUCCCGACCGCACCGAGGCCACGAUCGGGGUGGAUUUCCGAGAACGAGCAGUGGAGAUUGAUGGGGAGCGCAUCAAGAUCCAGUUAUGGGACACAGCAGGACAAGAACGAUUCAGAAAGAGCAUGGUACAGCACUACUACAGAAAUGUACAUGCUGUUGUCUUCGUGUAUGAUAUGACCAACAUGGCUAGUUUUCACAGCCUGCCAUCUUGGAUAGAGGAAUGCAAACAACAUUUGCUAGCCAGUGAUAUACCACGGAUUCUUGUUGGAAAUAAAUGUGACUUGAGAAGUGCCAUUCAGGUACCCACAGACUUGGCACAAAAAUUUGCUGACACACACAGUAUGCCUUUGUUUGAAACCUCUGCUAAAAACCCCAAUGAUAAUGACCACGUGGAAGCUAUAUUUAUGACGUUGGCUCAUAAGCUUAAGAGCCACAAACCAUUAAUGCUUAGUCAACCCCCUGAUAAUGGAAUUAUUCUGAAGCCUGAACCAAAGCCUGCAAUGACGUGCUGGUGCUAAAUAACAGUCUUCAUUAUACUAUCUAAUUUUGACUAAAGAAACACUUUUGAAGUAUGACAGUGAUAAGUCAUAAGAUUUAACUCAACUAUAAUGGAUCGUCCUGACACUUUACCAUUUAUCAUUGUCAUGCUUACUUUUGUAUUUUGUAUCUACUUAAGUUUGUCACUGGGCCAACACAAGGAAAAUGUUGGUUUUCAGGUAAGAUUGAAAAUGAAGCAAAUAGGAUGAAUCAGAACAUCUCUCCAUUGCCCAAUGAAGGAGGCUUUGAAUGAGAGCAUGAUGAGAUUUUGAGUCAGUAACUAUUCAAUCCUGUGUUCCUGGGAUUGAAAAAAAUAUCAAGUGUUUAGUACACACCUUUGAAUGUCCUUUGAAAGGGAAGUGUUCCCAAUAGGGUAAAAACUAGUAUCUGCCUCUCCAUGGAGUUUGUUCUUUGGUUUUGGGGGGGAUUUUUUGGUUUUGUUUUUUAUUAGAGACAGGGUCUCACUAUGUUGCCUGGACUUGCCUUGAACC